CCGCGGGCCCGCGCCAUGCAGCUGAGCCCGAGGCCCGCGGCGCCGGGGCGGCUGCUGCUGCUGCUGCUGUGCGUGGCGGCGGCCGGCGCCGGCGAGGCCGAGGAGCUGCACUACCCGCAGGGCGAGCACCGCGCCGACUACGACCGCGAGGCGCUGCUGGGCGUCCAGGAAGACGUCGACGAGUACGUGAAACUCGACCCCGACGAGCAGCAGAAGCGACUGCGGGCCAUCAUCAAGAAGAUUGACCUGGACUCGGAUGGCUUUCUCACCGAAAGUGAACUGAGCUCAUGGAUUCAGAUGUCGUUCAAGCAUUACGCCAUGCAAGAAGCGAAACAGCAGUUUGUGGAGUACGAUAAAAACAGCGACGGGAGCGUGACCUGGGACGAGUACAACGUGCAGAUGUAUGAUCGGGUGAUCGACUUCGACGAGAACACGGUGCUGGACGACACGGAGGAGGAGUCCUUCCGGCAGCUUCAUUUAAAGGAUAAGAAGCGAUUUGAAAAAGCCAACCAGGAUUCCAGUCUGGGUUUGAGCCUGGAAGAAUUUAUUGCUUUUGAACAUCCUGAGGAAGUGGACUACAUGAUGGAAUUUGUCAUUGAAGAGGCUUUAGAAGAACAUGACAAAAAUGGUGAUGGAUUCGUUAGUCUGGAAGAAUUUCUGGGAGACUACAGGCGAGAUCCAACCGCGAACGAGGACCCGGAGUGGAUCCUGGUUGAGAAGGACAGGUUCGUGAACGACUACGACAAGGACCACGACGGCAGGCUGGAUCCCCAGGAGCUGCUGUCGUGGGUGGUGCCCAACAACCAGGGCAUCGCGCAGGAGGAGGCUCUUCACCUGAUUGACGAGAUGGAUUUGAACGGUGACAAAAAGCUGUCCGAGGAGGAGAUCCUGGAAAACCAAGACCUGUUUCUCACGAGCGAGGCCACCGACUACGGGCGGCAACUGCACGACGACUACUUCUACCACGACGAGCUGUAGCCGCCCGCGGCGGCCCGGACCUGUUUCUACCUUGUUCAACCAGCUUUACUUUGUGAUAAAAUAUCCAUGUUGUAUUUCACACUCUUCAGUCUUACACAGUCAGAAUUACCUUAACCCAAGUUAUCAUUUUGGCCUUUUAGGAGAAAAAAGGAAACAGCAACCUGAUAUUCAUUUCAACACGGUCUCUCCCAGCCCCUGCACCCGUGUCGCGCCACGUCGCAGGCAGCCGAGUGGCUCCCACCCUCGGAGACGCCUGGGCGGCCACCUCCACGCGCGAGCGUGCAGCUCGCUGCCGGGCUGUUUUGUUCCGAGUAGGUUUCAUUUGGGAACUGCCAGAAAGGACAGUGUUUUUAGGUUUAGUAUUUUGUUUUAAAACCUUUAAAGGAACCUUUGGAAGGACUUAGACCUCACAUUCAUGUGAGACGUUCCACUUCAUUUUAAAAUGGUUUCUCUAAAGGGUUUUAUUGUAUGAAAUAGAACUUUAUAUUUUUGCAUAUGUAUAGAUAGUAACGAUAUUUAAUGUAUUACCAUAGCAUUCGGAGUGGGAUUCAACUUUGUCCGGAGCCCUUUCCAUUUGUGACUGAUUAAAGUGGACUCUCCUGUCUUUCUA